AUGGCUAAGAUAGCGAGAGUUGAUUUCGAAGUCCUUGACGAUGCUGGCAAGAAUUAUUUGAGUUGGCAUGUGGACCUGAAGUUCCACUUACGUGCCCGGGGCUUAUUAGCCACAAUUUCAACUCCUGCUCCACCGGUUCCGGCCACUGUUACGGGUAAUGUUGUAAAUAAUGCUGAGGUUGCUACUACAGUGAUCGUCUCUGAUAUAGAUAAGGCGAAAGCCAUUAUCUACAUCAGGAGACAUAUUGAUCGGACCCUGAAGGCCGAAUACCUGACUGUAGAGGACCCAAAGGAAUUGUGGACUGCACUUGAGGACCGAUACAAACAUCAGAAAGAUGUGAUCCUCCCACGUGCACGUUAUGAGUGGGAAAACCUCCGACUUCAGGACUUUAAGUCCGUAGCUGAGUAUAACUCAGCACUUCAUAAUAUCACCUCACGCCUGAAGUUGUGUGGUGAAGAAGUUUCGGAGGAACGCAUGUUGGAGAAGACUUACACAUCCUUCCACGAGAAGGAUGCAAUCCUCAUGCAACAGUACCGCGAACGAAAGUUCAAAAAGCUCAGCUCCUCUACCCGAAGCUCACAUGUUUACUCCCAGAAGCAGAAGAAAAAGCAUAAGGGUAAAUUCAACAAGGGGAAAGCCCCUAAGUGGCAGGCCAGAUGUCCACCCCAGAAAAACAACCCUCCCCAGAGCAGCAAUAGUGAGGGAAAGAAGAAGUGGAAGAAGAAGACCACUGAGCUGUCGUCCAUUCGCAAGAACACUUGGGAGAACAAAUGCCAGAGAUGUGGCAUGACUGGACAUUGGUCCAGAAACUGUCGCACUCCGCGACACCUCCAAGAUCUGUAUCAAGCGAGCCUGAAGUCUCCUGUUGAAAUAAAUCUGGUGGAAAAGCAGCCGUCUACUCAGUUCACUGCUGAUGACUUCGAAACGGAUGAUCUUCUCGACUAG